CACGUGAGCUGCCAGAGCGAACUCGAAAAGGACGGAGCGCAACGAAUAGUGGCAACGCGUCGUGCCAGUGAGUUAGAGACAAUUUUCAGGUGAACAGCAGUGAAUGUCUGUGGAUACAACAAAAUAAAUACAGAAAACAACACACAAGCAGUGGGUUGGAAAGUGACAGUAAGUGAAAUGCCAAUGAAGUGUUUCAAAAUUAAGUAAGAAAUUAUUUGCGAAAAGAAAGCGCAUAUGUGUGCGCGUAGUUCAGUGUUAAAUAGAUAAUAAAUAUAUAGAUAAUUCUCUAACUCAAACGAAAGUGAAAGUGAACGUGACUGCAUAGUGGAAGACAGAAAAAGUGGCUUACGACAAGGCUAAGUGAAAUUUCAGAAAAAUUUAAAGCAAGAAAACGACAUAAAGCACUGGCACUUGUCUUGGCUCCGCGCGCUCGAAACUCGCUUAGCAGUGCGCUCGAGUGUCCGUUCGUUCGUCCUUACUGUUCAUUUCGGGCGCUUGUACGUCAGGCUCCGUGCGCGCGUGUGCUUGUGUCAGUGUGUGCGCUUGUUUGCGUGUCAAGUAAAAUCAAUGAAAGCAAAAGUGAAAACGUGCUAUAGCUAACUGCAACUGUGCACGUCUAUAUAUGUAUGCAACGGGCAGCAAUUGAAGCGCCUGAGGCUGCUGAGCGGAAUUUUUGACCAGUUGAUAGAGGUCGAUAAUCUAUUUCCAUCGAAGAGAAAACAGAGUCAAAAAAGGAUCAGAGGCAUUUUAUCACACAGCUUAGAGAUGCAAUAAUGUCGAUAAAAUGGCGGCAGAGAUUCAAAAGCAAAAAGCGCUUAAAAUUCCAGAAACAACAGCAAUCAACAAAGUUCAACGAGAACACCAAAACAACCACUGAGCCACUCAAGCAGAUGCUGAACAUUGCCGAAAAUCACAAUCACUGCCCCUUGGUCAAUAGUGAUAACAAUAGAAACAACAUAAGCAAUAACAAAGAAAACUCGCCGCCUUCGAAGAGCUGCCACAGCACGAACGUGCAACAGCGAGAUUGCAAUCAGCGCACAUGUGAAGAGCACCAUGCUCGGCCGCAAGAGCAGCGAUGUAAAUUGGAUGUUUCCAAGGAUUCCACAUACGCUCCGUGCCGCCUCACCGGUCUCGCUAGUUUCAAUGCAAGUGCGCGCAAGAACGCCGCUGCCAUUAUAGAACGUGCAACUUCCACAAAGCUACAAAGCGACGCCAUGCUCACACACAACACGGGGUCAAUUCAACCAAAAACAACAAUAAUUGAUUGCACAAUUCCGGAAACAAAAGCAAGCGCGGCGCUGAUGACGAGCGCGAUGCGGGUGUUGGCGCUGGCGGUGGACGCAGACACAGCAGCAGUGACUGCAACAAAGCCAGCCACAGGCAGUGGCAUCCACUUAAAAUGGCCGCAGCCAAGUUGCUUGCCGAGUUUGAGUAGCGGUCUG